AAUGUAUUUAGAAACACAACUAUUCAUAAUUUUUAACGGCGUAUCACCUUGUCAGUAACCACCACCAAUGUGUUUUCAAGCUGUUACCGCCUGUGACAACUAACGUAAGCCCGUAGCGGUAGUUUACCGGUAUUGGUCCAGUCGCUGGUGUGUUGUCUGUAGUCGAGGGAAUACGACCGAUUCGUCCUAAUAAUUUUAUUCCAUUUUUGAAAAAUCAUUUUUUUAAUCAUUUAUACUAUCAUGGACGUUUUGAAGAAAGGAUGGUUUAGUGAACUGACUGAGUUGUUGCCCGGAAGAUGUUUUUCAAUGGAGGUCGAACAAAUUCUUCACCAAGAAAAGUCCAAAUAUCAAGACAUAUUAGUAUUAAAAACAAAGUCGCAUGGAAAUGUAUUGGUACUCGACGGAAUGAUUCAGUGUACAGAAUUUGACGAAUUCGCGUACCAAGAAAUGAUAUCGUUUUUACCCUUAUGUAGUCACCCAAAACCACAAAGGGUACUUAUCGUAGGCGGCGGUGAUGGUGGUGUAGCUCGAGAAGUGUCUAAACACCCUUUGGUCGAAACUAUUGACCAGGUGGAAAUUGACGAUAAAGUAGUUGAAGUGUCAAAAAAAUAUUUGCCUUUCAUGGCAAUCGGAUUUGACAGUCCGAAGCUUAACCUCCAUAUUGCUGAUGGGUUUAAGUUUAUGAAAGAACAUGAAGCAUACUAUGAUGUCAUAAUAACAGAUUCUUCAGAUCCAAUUGGUCCUGCCGUUUCACUUUUUCAAAAAUCUUACUUUGAACUAAUGAAAAAAGCAUUGAGACCUGGUGGUAUAGUUUGUUCUCAAGCAGAUACGUUCUGGGGACACUUGAAAAAUGCCUCUUCUAUGCGGAGACACUGCAAAGACGUUUUUUUGAAAGCAGCAUAUGCUACUUCUUUUGUUUCCACUUACCCAGCUGGACAGAUUGGUUACGCAUUGGGCAGUCUAAAUGAGAAUACUGAUUUCAAAAAUCCAGUAUUUCAAUUAACUGACCAACUACGAAAAGAAAUGAAAUUGCGGUAUUAUACAACAGAAAUUCAUAGAGCAGCGUUUGCCUUGCCUGCUUUCGUAGUUGAUGCCAUAGAAGAAGACGACAAAACUUGUUAACAAAGUAAUUGUGAAUUUUAAAAGUUUUAUUGGUAUACAAUUAAUUGUAUCAGUAAAAUUAAACAUUUCAUAUAUUUUAUUUAAAAAUGUUACCAUCUUGUUCUUAAAAUAAUUACAAUGAUAUAUAUUUAUUUUAAUAAUAUUGAUUAUAUCUUUUUAUUAUUUAAAAUUAUAUAUUUUUAACUCUUA